AUGCCUCCAAAACGAAAAAUACGUAAUUUACCUAGAGUAAAUGAUAAAGAAAAAGUCAAUCAAAUGUCAUUUUUUGAACCAGUUUAUCAAAAUGAUAAUAUUCAAAUGAAUGAUGAUGAUGAUGAUGAUAAUGAAAGUGAUAGUGAAUUAUCAGUCAAUGAUAUAUCACAAAAAAAACUUCAACAAGAUAAAAAUAAACAUGAAUCAAAUGAAACAUUUGAUCAAGAUCAAUCAUCAGAAAUUUCAACAUCAAAAAUUGUUACUCGUAUAAAACAAAUUCAAAAUUCAAUUGAACAAGCAAAAACAAUGCUUCAAUCAAUGGAAAAAUUUAAACAUAUAGUUCCGGGAAGUCAAGAACAAUGUGAAAAACUUUAUAUUAUUAUUGAAAAUCUUGAAGAACAAGAAUCUGGUUAUGUUAAUUUACUUAAUUUAAUUACAUUAACCAACAAAGAAAAAGCAGAAUUAAUCGAAAAAAUUUCUACAACUCAUCGUCCUGUACCAACAAAUACUAAUAAUCAAUCAAAUGAUGAAAAUGAUGAUAUUGAUGAUGAAGUUGAUGAUAAUGAUGAAGAUGAAGAUGAGGAUGAUGAUCUAUCAUGUCGUCGUAAUAUUCGAUCUCCACUACGUCCACGUAUUGAAAGUAAAAUAGGUUUUACACCACAAUCAAUUAUUCCACCAACUCCAACAGUUCCACCAACAAUAAAUUCAUCAGAUAAUGAACAAAAUAAUCGUAAUGAUAAUUCAAAUUAUGAUUCACUUGUUGGUAGUCUUAAAAGUGAUACAAUUAAUUGGAAAGAUCCACAAUUAACAUCUGGUGAUGAAGCAAGUGAUGUUGAAAGUGAAAAAGAAAUUCAAAGAAAUUUAAUGCUACAAAAAGAACAACUUCGAGCUUUACAAGGUCAAAAACGUGCAUUACUUGCAUUAAAAAAACGUUCAGAACGACGUUUAAUCGAACAACAACAAUUAGUUAAUAAGAAAACUACUGAUAGAAAAGAAAAUUUAUCAGAAAAUGAUCUUUUAUCAGAUAUAAAUAAUCUACGUGAUCGAUUAAAAUUACUUCGAAAUCUUUACGAACAAAGACAUCAAGUUGAAGUACAAGAAAUUAAAAAUUCACCAAAAAAACAACCAACAUCAAGUGAAAAUCGUGUUAAAAAUUUAGAACAUGUUCGUGAACAAUUGAAUGAAUUAGAACAAAUUGUAACAUAUUAUCAACUAGAUUUAAUGAAUGAACACGAUGAAGAAACAACAGUUUAUGAAGAAACUUCUAUUCAACCUGAAGAUGCACAACGUUUAAAAAAACUUCUUAUACAAGAAAGACAAAAACCAAUAUCAAAUACAUCAAAUAAAAAUGAGAAUACUCCUAAACAACUUGAUAAAUUAUCUAGUGAAUUAACUGCUAAACGAUUAGAAUUAGAAGAAGCUAAAUCUGCAUUAAAUCGUCUUCAACAAAUGGUUAAAAAAAUUGAACCUGAUCAAUCUUCAUCAUCUACAUGUUCAACUCCAAAACAAUCAUCUCCUAUAAAACCAAUUAAUAAUAAUAAUAAUAAUAAUAAUAAUAAUUAUGAAUUCAAUACUAAUCAGUUUCAAUAUACUCCAAAAUCAUCUCAACAAAUACAAACAAUAAAUACAAAUGUUAAAACUUCACUUUUAUCAAGUAUUCUUUCACCUAAAUCAAUCGAACAACAAAAACCAACUACAACACGAAAUAGUUAUGCUGAUGCUAAAAUGGCUGCACAACAUCGUGAAAUUGAACGUUUAAUUGAAUCUCGUCAACGUUUACAUACAAUUAAAGAUCAAAUAGCAACAUUACAUCAAAGUAUGACAACACCACCAAUACAAUCAAAAAAAGAUUCAACAAAUGAAAUUCAACAUAAUAAUAAAUUUAAAACAAAUAUAAAUGAAUCAAAUAAACAAACAAAUACAUAUGAAGAUAAAUUAAGUAAUUCAAAAAAUCUUCGAUCACCUUAUACAUCUAAUAAUCAAGAAGAAGAAGAUAAUAAUAAUAACGAUGAUGAUGAUUCAGAAUUAUAUCAAUUUGAAUGUGAAUCAGGCGAUGGCGAAGAAAUUAAUGAUGAUGAUGAUGAUGAUACAGAUGAAGAAAUUCAAUCUCGAAUAAAACAAGGAAAUUUUCAUGCACCUGAAGAUAUUGUUGCUGAACAUGAACAAAAUAUAUUAAAUAAAAAAAUUGAUUCAACUGAUGAAUUAAGUAUACAAAUGCGUGAAAUAUGUCGUUGUUUAUCAACAUUUAUUCAAGAACAAAAAUCAUUUAAUCAACAUAUUGAAGAACAUCUUAAAGUUGUUACAAAUAAUUCAUCAAAUUCAUUAUCAUUAUCAAAUAUAAAUGAUCCAAUAUUUAAUCAACUUCAACAACAAGUUCUUACACAAGGUCUUAUUGUUAAUUUAAAUACAGCUUAUCGUGAAAUAGCUAUAUUACAAUCAGAAAUAAAUACAUUACAAUCAGAAAAUAAUCGUUUAUCAUCAUCAUCAUCAACACAUGAUAAUCAAUUUAAUUAUAAAUCACAUUUAUAUUCAAGAGAUAAUUCAAAAGAUUCAAUUUAUAGUUUAGAUCAAAUUAAACCUACACGUUCAAGAUUUGAUGAACAUAUUCAACAAGAUAAUCGUAUAUUAACAACAAAUAAUAAAUUUGAAAAUUCAAGUAAAACAUCAUUUAAUAGUCAAAGUACUGGACAACAAACAGCUAUUCAUUUAACAGAAAAUAAUAUGGAAAGAACACCUGUUAAACAUGAAAGAAAUGUAUUUUCUGGUAGACGUAUAUCACCAUCAAAACCAAUUCAUUUACGUUCAAAACCAUUAUCAAAUGAAUAUGAAACUUCAUCAAAUCAUCAUCAUCAUCAUCGUAAUUCAACAAAAGAAAAUGUUUCAAAAUCAUUUAUUAUUCAUCGACGACCAAUAUCAAAUGAUAAUGAAAAUAAUUUUCUUAAAUCUCAAUUAUUUAAUUAUGAUCAAAAAUUACAACAAAAUACAUUUGAUGAUGAUGAUUAUAGUGAAAAUGAACAACAAAAAAAUAAUCUUUCAACAAAUAUAUUUAAUAUUCAACCAUCAACUUAUUAUACAACAGCAACAACACUUCAUAAUUUUGAUAAUAUUGAUAUGCAAAAACUUCAUGAUCAAAUUAAAAUAGUAAUGGGUCAAUUAAUUCCAUUUAUGAGAUUACAUGUCAAUGAUAUAUGUAAUCAAUCAAUUCUUAAUCAUAUUCGUGAUAAUAUUAUAUUUUCAUUUAAACAACAACCUGAUACUGCUCAAUUAAUACGUAAUUUUCAAAAUCAAUUUUCUGAAUCACUUGAAAAAACAAUUGAAAAAUAUUGUGGAACAAUUAUUCGUGAAUGUGCUAAUGAUCUUAUGCGUGAUAUAUCUGAUAUUACUUUUGAUGAAUUAAUUAAAUAUAAAAUCUAUCAAAAUACAAAUAAUGUUCAAACAACAAAUAUUAAUGAACAAAUAACACAACCAUUAAUUAAACAACAAGAUGAUUAUACAAAUUUGUAUGAAUCAUCAGUUCGACAUUAUACACAACAAACAUCAGCAGUUGAUGAUGGAGAAAAUGAUAAUAAAUAUCAAAUUGAAUUAGCCGAAUCAGAAGAUCGACCAUUAACACUGUAUGUAUGA